GUUUAUUUUUCCUUUUUGUUUUCAUAUACGUAGCAGGGGUAAAAGAAGAACAAAAUGAGUAAAAGUCUGAAAACACACUUUUUCGAAGUCAGAAGAACAAAACAACAAAGUUAAAUUCAUUUCCCCACUGAAAGAAACCUUUUUCCCCCCCUUUUUUGAGAUAUGUCGUCAAAACUGCGAAAAAUACCUUAAAAAAAGUCCAUUCCACGUGCCCAUGGCUGUCUCUCCUUCCCCCUUCUUCCUCCCUAUUUAUUCACCUUCACAGAUAGCAACAUUUUGCUGUCCCAAACUAACACCCAAAUUUAGAGAGAGGGCAAAUUAAAAGGGAAGAAGAAGAAGAAGAAGAAGAAGCAUUUGCAAUUUGCAUUGUACAGAAGAAACAGAAAGGAAAGAAUUCAGUGAUUUUGAGCUAUACUCGUAUCAGAGAAGUUCUGCAAAGAAAUUUUCAUUUUUCUCAAUUUAAUUCGGGAUAUCGAGUUUGGGGCAAUCUUCCUCGUUACCCCACCAAAUAUUUCGCCAAGUCUUCCGAGUUUCUUGUUUCAUUGAGGUACAGCCCUUUUCAAUUUUUCUUUGUUUUUACAAAAAAGAAGCCUUUUUUACACGUUUAUGACACGUGGUUUCGUUUUAUCAAGUACAAGAUGGUGUCCUUUUGUUUUUGUGUUUCUCUGAGAAUUUUUUUUUUAAUGCAAUAUGGUACGCGGGUUUCUUGUUCUUUCUGCCAGAAAAUUUAUAUUACACCCUUGCGUGUUUUAUGCUUUUUUGGUUUUGUUUGGGAAAUAGGAUUUGUGUCAUUUCUCUGUUUUGAAGUUCUAUUCGGCUGUCUUUGUUUGAAAGAUGCAAUCUUUAUAUGAAAAAAUAGCGUUUUAAUGGAAUGGGUCAGAAUCAGAGAGCUGAGAAACUGAUGCCAUUGGGCUGCAAAUGGCAAAGUUUCUUAUGAUUUUUCUUUUAAUUGAUUGAAACCCCUUACAGAGUUUGCUCAAAUGAUGAUAACAUAUGCAAAUCAAAUUUUUGAUUAAUGUUAUCAGCUGGUUUUUGAGUGCAUCUCUUUGACCAAUUCCAGUGAAGGAAAAUGGUUAGGAAUAUACUUGGUAUGUUGAUGUUGAUGUUGAUGAUGUUUUUUCCCCACUUUUAAAGGUUGUCCAAAUUGCAAAAUGCUGUUUAAUUUACCAAAAAUCAUUGAUUUUUUUGUUGAUUGACAGCCUAUUAAAUGACUAAUUUAUCAUCUGAACUGUUUUCAUCAGUUUUCAGAUACAUAUCUUCUGUGAAUUUGUUCCCUUUUUGUUUCUGAUAUACUGAUGAUGGUCUGGUUGAUGGAUUUUCCUCACAGGAAUCCAGAAAGUGGUUCAGAGUUUGUCUGAAAUUGCAUGGGUGUAUCAUUUUCUUGUCCAUUGGGUGCUUACUGUGAUCUGGAUAAUGGGUUUGAAUCUGCCCUUGUGAAAUCCAUUGUCUUCUCUGGUGAUCAUAAUGAUUGUGAGGAGAAGAACGCGUACCUGCAGAAUCUUGAAUCCAAUGAGAAGUUCCCCUUGAUUGAUUCUGAAAGUGAGGAGAAUAUGGGCGGAACUGAGAGCAGAGUCAUUAGUAAUAAUAGCACUCCAGGCCUUACACAAGAUAUGAUGGCCAUUGUCGAAGUGCCAGCACUGCCAUCGUUGAACAACUGUUCAAGUCCUAAGCAUGAAGCUGCUGUCAAGUUGCAGAAAGUGUACAAAAGCUUCAGGACUAGAAGAAAGUUGGCUGAUUGUGCUGUUCUCAUUGAGCAGAGUUGGUGGAAGUUGCUAGACUUUGCGGAACUUAAGCAUAGUUCGAUAUCAUUCUUUGAUCUUGAUAAACAUGAGACCGCCAUUUCAAGGUGGUCAAGAGCUAGGACGAGGGCUGCCAAGGUGGGGAAAGGACUAUCGAAAAAUGCAAAGGCGCAGAAACUCGCAUUACAACAUUGGCUCGAGGCGAUUGACCCACGACAUCGUUAUGGACACAACCUACAUUUCUAUUACAUGAAAUGGCUGCAUUCUCAAAGCAAAGAGCCUUUCUUUUAUUGGCUUGACAUAGGAGAAGGGAGGGAGGUUAACCUUGUUGACAAAUGUCCUCGAUGCAAACUCCAGCAGCAAUGUAUCAAGUAUCUUGGGCCGAUUGAAAGAAAGGCUUAUGAAGUUGCAGUGGAAGAUGGAAAACUCUUAUAUCAGCAGACACAGGAGCUUCUUGACACGAGUGCAGAACCGAAAGCUAAGUGGAUUUUUGUUCUCAGCACAACUCGGACAAUGUAUGUAGGCAAGAAAAAGAAGGGAACGUUUCAACAUUCGAGUUUCCUUGCUGGUGGUGCCACAUUAGCUGCCGGAAGGCUAGUUGUUGAGAAAGGAAUUUUAAAGGCUGUCUGGCCUCACAGUGGUCAUUACAGACCCACACCCGAAAAUUUUCAGGACUUCAUUUCAUUUCUGAAGGAAAAUAAUGUUGAUCUCAGUAAUGUUAAGCUUGACUCUGUCGAUGAAGAAGAAUCGACACUAGGAAGGGCAAGCAGUGGACACAUGAGGAGUAACUCCUCUGAAGAGGAUUUGGCUGAAAAUUUGUCAGCCUCCUUAGAAGAAGUGGAAGAGGAAAAUGAUGUAACAGAUUCAUCGUCUGAGUCCAUCAAAAGGGGGGAUAGUUCUGCAGCCGAAGAUGCAGAAGAGUUGCCUAAUUCUAAGUCGGUUCGGGUGUUUGCUAGCAAAUUGACAAGCCUGGAGAUUCCAAACAAUGAUGGUUUGUUACAGUCGUUGAAGUCGUCCCAAACGGAAUCCAACAGCACCCCGCCUGAUUCGCCAUCAGAUGGAUAUGAAACAGCUGAAGAAGAAACAACAACGAGGCCUCCUAAUACGCCUGUUUCGUCCUCCCUGGAUGCGAUCGAAGAAGUAGAGGAAAACGCCUCGGAAGAGUCCAUCCUGAAAAGGAUCAAUUCGCACAGUAAAGGGAGUAAAUCAGUUCAGUUAGGGGAGAAGCUGUCAUGCAAAUGGAGUACUGGAGCAGGACCAAGGAUCGGGUAUUUACGGGAUUACCCGACGGAGCUCCAAUCCCAUGCACUGGAAGAAGCGAAUCUGUCUCCCAGAAGCAGUGGUAAUAGCAAUAGUUUGUUGCUACAGAGGUUCAGUCACAUUAGCAAGGCUCAUUGUCCGUCACCAUUGUCUCCAAGAAGGCAGUAUAGGGAUAGGAAUUAGAAGAAUUAAUCCUUCUUAUUAUUUUUUAAUUCAUUUUCAAAUUUAUUGGGGGGCUUGUGAAUACAAGAAAUGACCUAGCUAGGCAUUCUUUGUCAUUUUUUUUAUUUUUUUUUUACUUUUCUUGGGUUGUAAUUUAUCUGAACUCUGAUGCACACAAUUUUGAUGAUAGAGUGUGCAUCAGAGGAUGAAGGUUGUACAUUACCACCAUCAUUCUUUAUAUUUUUGGAAAAUGGCAAAAAGGAAAAAAGCAAUUCUUUUAUAAUACAAUGUGAAAUCGUGAAUGAAGUCUGUAGUUGC